UUUUUCCCUUUACUCUUUUGUAUAAUCAUAUCUUGUUUCUUCAUUUCUUCUCUUCAAGAAGAAACACAAUGGAUGCUUUGUCUUCAACUUUCCUUUCUACAUUAUCACAACACCCUAAAUCUCUUCUUUCUCCUAAUAAUAAUAAUAAUUAUUAUUAUUCUCCUACUCUAAAAGUCUUCUCUGUUAGAAUUGAAGAAAGACCACAAACAACCACUACUAUAACAAAACCACAAGAAAAAUCAACCCCUUCACCACCAAAACCAACUACAAAAAGAGAACCAAUACCCUCAAGAAAACCUAUUGAACCAUCAUUUCCCUCUUUUAUCUUCAAUGCAUUCGAUGAUUUCGUAAAUACUUUCAUUGAUCCUCCUAGGAAAUCGUCUGUUGAUCCAAGGUAUGUUCUCUCUAACAAUUUCGCUCCAGUAGACGAACUUCCUCCUACUGAAUGCGAAGUAGUGGAAGGCUCCCUUCCCUCUUGCCUAGACGGCGCGUAUAUUAGAAAUGGACCUAACCCUCAAUAUCUUCCACGUGGACCUUACCAUCUUUUCGACGGUGAUGGAAUGCUUCACUCUAUUAAAAUUUCCCAAGGUAAAGCUACGUUUUGUAGUCGAUUUGUCAAGACUUACAAGUACAACAUCGAAAAUGAAGCCGGGUCCCCCAUUAUUCCUAAUGUGUUCUCCGGUUUCAAUGGUCUUACAGCCUCGGCCGCGCGUGGUGCACUCACCGCGGCCCGGGCUAUUGCGGGACAGUUCAAUCCCGCAAACGGUAUAGGCCUUGCGAAUACAAGCUUAGCUUUAUUCGGGGGUAAACUUUUCGCCCUCGGUGAAUCUGAUUUACCAUAUGAGGUAAAAAUAGCCCCAGAUGGUGACAUUAUUACCCUUGGCCGUCACGAUUUUAACGGAAAACUUUUCAUGAGCAUGACGGCACAUCCGAAAAUCGACCCCGAAACUAACGAGGCUUUUGCUUUCCGUUACGGUGUGAUGCCUCCGUUUUUAAAUUACUUUCGGGUCGACCCGAAUGGUACUAAAACCCCGGAUGUACCCAUAUUCUCAAUGACCCGCCCGUCAUUUCUACAUGAUUUUGCAAUCACAAAAAAAUACGCUAUAUUUUCGGACAUACAAAUUGGAAUGAACCCAAUUGAGUUACUCACCGGUGGUUCACCGGUGGGUACUGACUCGGGGAAAAUUCCCCGAAUUGGUGUGAUACCACGUUACGCCAAGGAUGAGUCAGAAAUGAGGUGGUUUGAUGUGCCAGGAUUUAAUAUUGUACACGCGAUCAACGCGUGGGAUGAGGAUGGAGGCGAUACGAUAGUGUUGAUCGCGCCGAAUAUAUUAUCGGUGGAACAUACACUAGAGAGGAUGGACAUGAUACAUGCAAGUGUUGAGAAAGUGAAAAUAAAUUUGAAGACAGGGAUGGUGAGCAGACAUCCAAUUUCUACAAGAAAUCUUGAUUUUGGAGUCAUCAAUCCAGCUUAUGUUGGGAAAAAGAACAAGUAUGUAUAUGCAGCCAUUGGGGACCCUAUGCCGAAAGUAAUAGGGAUAGCAAAAUUAGACGUAUCCGUAGCAGAAGUUGAUCGUCGCGAUUGCAUCGUGGCAUGUCGUAUAUUUGGUGAAGAUUGCUUUGGUGGUGAACCAUUUUUCGUGCCUAAAAAUCCUUCAAUCGAUGAAGACGAUGGCUACGUAGUGUCGUAUGUACACAAUGAGAAGACAGGGGAAUCGAAAUUUUUGGUCAUGGAUGCAACAUCACCUAAUCUUGACAUUGUGGCUCAUGUCAAAUUGCCUCGUCGUGUGCCUUAUGGUUUCCAUGGACUUUUCGUGAGGGAAAAUGAUCUGAUUAAGCUAUAGAUAUAUAGAUAUAUCGAUAAUUGAUUUAAUUAUUUACGAUCUAUGUAUAAUAUAAUAUGUAUGUAUAUAGAUAAUAUAUAGGUCGAUUCCUCUUUAAAAUAGUAUUGUAUCAAUUAGGGACAAAUAAGUUUGAGGAUGUU